AUGAAUAUCGUUGUCUUAAUCUCUGGCUCUGGUUCAAAUUUACAAGCGAUUCUCGAUUCUCUGCCGCAUCAGCAUUCUUCUACGCCGCUAGGAACUCCCGCUCAUCUCCACUUGCCUCCUUCUGUAAACGUUAAGGCGGUAAUAUCAAACAAGUCAAAUGUAUUUGGUUUAGAAAGGGCUAAACGCUGUGAUCCUCCUAUCCCCACCCAAGUCCUCGCCCUCAAAACAUUCCUCAAUCGAAACCCAGGUUCAAGUAGACAAGACUGGGAAAUUGAACUCAGUAACAUGGUAAACUCACACAAACCUGACCUCAUCGUCUUGGCUGGCUUCAUGAUGAUCCUUUCCCCUGCUUUCCUCAACAAUAUCCACCAAAAACCAAUCAUUAACCUCCAUCCUGCCCUUCCCGGGGCCUUUGACGGUGCACACGCAAUUGAGAGGGCUUACGAUGCCUUCAAACAAGGUCACAUAUCCAAAACUGGCUGCAUGGUCCACUACGUCAUCCCCCAAGUCGACCGUGGUGAGCCUAUUGUCGUUGCAGACGUGGACAUACACAAACAAGACACGCUUGAAUCUAUGGAAAACAGAAUACACGAGACUGAAUGGCGGAUUAUCAUUCAAGCCGUGAAAAAAGUUUUGAAUGUCUAG